CAGAAUUAAAUUGUACCGAUCAUCAAGUAAAUUGUUUAUAAAGAUGCAAAUCCUUAAAACUACGUUUACAGAAAGAGAAGAAAUUCUUUACUAGUAUAUCUAAAGUUUUGCAUGUAAUGCUACAAAUAAAACCUGAUAAAAACUGUACUUACGUUUGACUGACACAGUGCGAACACUUCCACAUUCUACGAUACCGGAGAAAUGAGUAUGGUAUUCUUAUCUACAGCGAGCUCCAAUAUUAUAAAAAGAUUGUAGUAAAGGAGAAUGAUGAGAAUUUGCAAUAAAUAUAAUCCUGAUUACAAUGCAAAUAAGGAAAUCAUCUUAAGACAAAUUAAGGUGUAAUGCUUGAGCGGUAUAGUUUGACGUUCCUAGUGCAAGUUGUUUAAGUUAUUCAAAGAUUCUAUUAUUGUAAGCAAGAUGAAGAACCAUCUUCAAUCAUUACUCAGUAAAGGAGCAACUUAAUACAGCGCAAAAUACGUUUACACAAAAGAAAACCUCGCUAACUUUGUGCUUUAAGAAAUGAAAGCCUUCGUUUCGUUUCAUUGGUUUAAGAUUAAUAUAUUCAUUGCACUGACUCUGUAUUACGCAGAUAACACAUGACAACUUGGAUUCGACUAUAUUAAGUGUUGACUAAAGUACAUACACAUGAAAAGGCUGGAAUCCUAGUUUCAUUAUAUCUAAAGAACUACUAACAUAAAACCAAGGUUAAUAGAUGUUGUUUUCGGUGAAGCUAUAACAUCAUUGAAAUGAUGUUACUUCUAUCUAUACCAAUGUUGAAAACAAAGUUUGCUUAUAAUCAUCUUUGAUAACAAAAAUAACCUGUUUUUUCAUCCACACUGGCCGAGCUCCACCAUGGGUUAUUGUAUCUAUUAAAUUUUCUACUUUGAUAAGAUUAAGGAAAAGGGGCAAUUUUCAUAUAAACACCAUACAAAUUAAUUGUUUUUUGGUCUUUUGAAAACACUAAGGUCAGAUUUGCAUGGUCGGUGCAUUAUUUUAUGUAAGAAUCCAGGGAUUUAUAAAUGUCUUCUCCUACAUCUAUGGAAGUAAAUAUUAUGGAUCCAGAUUUCAAAAAGUCUUCACUUAGUAACGAAGAGAAGAAAUCUGGCUUUGCCGGCUCUAUAAUUGAUACCAAGAUCACCAGGGUGACUUCAGAGGAUAAUGUUGAUGAUCCCGAAGAACUUGCUGAUUUGGGAUAUAAACAAGAAUUUAGACGUCAGCUAUCCCUUUUUGGUGUCUUUUCAAUUGCUUUUUCUGUAUUGGGGUUGCUUCCUUCUGUUGCUUCUACGUUAUCGUUCAGUCUUUCGUACAUCGGUACACCUGGCUUAUUAUGGGCUUGGCUAAUUGCUAUUUUCUUUCUUAUUUGUAUUGCUUUAAGCAUGGCCGAAAUAUGCUCUGCGUUGCCUACUUCCGGAGGCUUAUAUUAUGCUGCCGCUGUUUUUGCGCCUGAGGGUUGGGGUCCUUUAGCUUCAUGGAUUACCGGAUGGUCUAACUAUAUUGGAAAUGUAAUUGGACAGCCGUCCGUAAACUCUAGUGCUGCUAGUAUGAUUUUAGGCGCUGUCAGUAUUAAUAGACCCUCUUAUUCACCUACCAAUUACCAAGUUUUUUUGCUUAGUCUUGCUAUUCAAUGUUUACAUUGCUUCUUAGCUUCUCUCCCUACUAAAUACAUCUCGAGGAUUAACCGAAUUAACACUUUUAUAAACAUUCUAUUUCUUUUUAUAGCCGCAUUCGCUAUUAUCGGUUAUGCCGCGAAAAACAAUGGAUUCGCUCAUGGUACACAACGUUGGCGUGAAAUUGACAAUACUACAAAUUGGCCCAACGGAUUUGCUGUGCUAUUAUCUUUUAAUGGUGCUAUCUGGACUAUGUCCGGUUAUGAUGCUCCAUUUCAUCUGAGCGAAGAAUGCGCAAAGGCCAGUAUAAAUGCUCCAAAAGCAAUUGUACUUACUGCCGUUAUUGGUGGUAUAGUUGGAUGGCUUAUGCAAAUCCUUGUUUCCUAUACAAUUGUUGACGUUCAUGCCCUCAUGACUAAAAGUGGUAACAUGUGGAGUAAUUAUUUAAGUCAAGUCAUGCCGAACUCUGCUGCAAUUGCCAUUUUAAGUCUGACUAUAUUUUCCACUUUGAUGAUGGGUCAAAGUUCUUUGAUUGCAUCUUCAAGGAUUGCUUAUUCUUAUGCUAGAGAUGGCAUUCUCCCCUUUUCCGGAUGGAUAGGAAAGGUUAAUAAUCAAACAAAAACACCUGUAAAUGCAGUACUAUGUAAUGGAUUAAUAAGUUUUUGUAUUUUAUUCUUAUUGUUUGCUGGUGAAGAAACAUCAAGCGCGGUUUUUUCCGUAGGAGCCGUUGCUGCAUUUUCAGCCUUUACGAUUCCUAUCUUUAUUCGCGUUUUUUGUAUGAAAGACGCGGACUUUCCUCGAGGUCCCUGGAACCUGGGUAAAUACUCAAGACCUAUUGGUGCUCUUGCUUGUUUUUUUGUGGCUUUAAUGAUUCCAGUCUUGUGCUUUCCAAAUGACAAAAAUCCGUCACCAAAAGACAUGAACUGGACUUGCUUGGUUUACGGAGGGCCAAUUUUCCUGACACUUAUUUGGUAUGCCAUGUCAGCCAGAAAAUGGUUCAAAGGACCUAAGGCUAGUCAGGUAUUUAAACGAGAUGCAUAUAAUCCUCCGUCUAUACCAAAGACCAUUGAAGGGAAAGACUUAUAAUCCUUUUCAUUGCGUACGUAUAAUUUUAAAAUUUGUAGCUUUAGUUUUGUAGAUAUUCAUUAAUGGCUAGAUAUCUUUUUAAUCACGUUUGAGGAAUUUAAUAAUAAACUAGUCGUUAAUGAUGGAAUUUUUUAUCUGGAC